AUGUACAAAAUGGAUUACUCCUACCUGAACUCCUAUGACUCGUGCAUGGCCGCCAUGGAAGCGUCGGCCUACGCGGACUUCAGCUCGUGCAGCCAGGCCAGCUCGUUCCAGUACAACCCCAUCCGCGGCGGGCCCUUCUCCAACCCGGCCUGCGCCCCGCUCAGCACGGCCAGCUGCACGCUGGGAGCCCUGCGCGACCACCAGCCCGCGCCGUACUCGUCAGUCCCUUACAAGUUCUUCUCGGACCCUUCGGGCCUGAACGAGAAACGGAAGCAGAGGCGCAUCCGGACCACCUUCACCAGCUCCCAACUGAAGGAACUGGAGAGGGUCUUCGCCGAGACCCACUACCCGGACAUUUACACCCGAGAGGAGCUCGCCCUGAAGAUAGAUCUGACAGAAGCCAGAGUACAGGUGAGAGGUCUUCCAAAGGGCGCCACUGGUGUGUGUGUGUGUGUGUGUGUGUGUGUGUACCAGGUGUGGUUUCAGAAUAGGCGUGCCAAGUUCCGCAAGCAGGAGCGUGCCGCCAACGCCAAAGCCAACAGUUCCGGAACAGGGGGCACCACCAGCAGCUCCGGAGGUAAGAAAGGCGGAGAGACCAGAUCUUCGUCGGAUGACGACGAGUCCAAAGAGUCCACCUGCAGCCCCACGCCGGACAGCACGGCCUCGCUGCCGGGCUCGCAAAACGGGAACCUGGGCAGUCCCUCCAGCCUGAGCCCCAGCCCGGCUCCGGCCAACGGCGGCUACGUCAACGCCUCCGGCUCUCCGGUCCUGCAGGGGCUCAAGGCGGCCAGCUGGUCCGGCCUGGGGCCCAGCAACCCGGCCGUGGCCCAGCCCGACGCCCAGACUCAGGAGAUCCUGAAGGCCUGGCAGCCGGCGGACAGUAUGACGGGGCCUUUUGCCGGAGUCCUGUCCUCCUUCCACAGAAAACCCAACGUCGCCAUCAAGACGAACCUGUUCUGA